ACGACAAACCAAACACUCAAUAAAAACUAAUCCCAGCAUAAUUAAUUCCAGUAUAAUUUAUCCCAUCGCAACUUAUCCCAGCAUAACUAAUCCCGGUAUAAUUUGUUUUCAAACCAAACGACCCCUAAGUAGUAUUAGUUCAUCAGUAUCCCGUCGAGUAGUGGAAAAUAGAUCUCCAUGGUCCACCCAGAGGUGUCAAUAAGAGAAUAACAGUGUUUUUAACUUCCACCAAAAAAGUGUUUUAGCUUGUAGAAUAUCCUCCUCCAUAACUUACCCAUUAAAUCCCAGAAAGGUUUCUUUCUGCAUGUGAUGGAUGCUUUUGAAACUUCCAUUCAUCUUCUAACAUGGAUACAGAUGAGACUGAAGACGAAGAUUUUAAUAGGGAAUACAUUGAGGAGACAAAUAGAGAUGCUGUUAUCAUUGCUGUUGGGAAGUUGGUUGCUGUUGAUGCAGUUCCUAAGGAAUAUCUUGCUCCAGAGAUAGUAUCACAUCUUGCAAUGCAUGGGACAAAUGUGUCUGAGGUCAUUAAGCAUUUGCUAACCGUGUUAAGGAAUAAAGGUGCAGAUGUUGCACUUUUGUUCCUAGAGGCACUAAAAAGGGUGAGCACUGCUACUAUUUAACUGAGAUGAUUUCUGCUUUAUUUUGGUCACUUGGCAGGCUGGCCUUCCAAUUUUUGGUGAACUUCAGAUGAAAUUGUAGCUGCAAAGUUUUAUUUCAAAUUUGGAUAAUGAUAUGGUUGAAGUGUUCAGUUGUGUAUAAAAGGGGAGUCUGGUGUGUGAAGCACUCCACAUUCAUUCAGGGUCCGGAAAAGCUGUACUCCAAGGAGGUGUAUGUAGGCAGCCUACUCUGACCCAAGUAGGUCAAGUAUCAGUGACUUGUUCCACGGCUAAGCCACAACUUUACGUUUGCUCCAAGGGU